AAAGAGCGGGUCCUGUGGAGCCGAGAGCUGCUCAGGCGUAGUUCCUUUGGGACGGGGACCUGGUAGUCGGUGCCCCUGGCUCGGGACUGGUGGGUCAGGUCUUGCAGGCCCCGAAGUUUCGCAGGGCCUUGCCCUUUCGGAAGGGGCGGGGGGGUCGCCUUUUCACCUGCGCCGGCUGUGGCCCUCGAGAGGGGCGGGGUCGGGGUUCGGCACGCCCACCCCCCCGGGCCCGGAUCUGCGCGGUGUCUUCGAGGGUCUCGGUCUCCCGGGUGAGGCGGCCUCCGGGCCUCGGAGCCCGGCCCUAGCGGCCCUGGUGGUCCCACGCGCGGCCUGGGGGUCCCGCAGGGAGGAGCGGAGGGGACUCGCCCCCUCCCCCCCCCCCCGAGCCAUUGAGGGAGCAGAGCUGCGGUAGCGCCGGGAGGCAGCCUGCGAGAGGCCCCGCCGGGAGAGAACGUCCUAGAGAUGGAAUCUGACUCUGUAUAACCUCCUGGGGCUGGCUUCUGUCACUCAGCACCAGGCCUUGGAGACUCGUUUGUCUUGUAUGGCGAGUCUGGACCUGAAGCCGAGAAGUCAACACUACAGCAGCAGGACAUUUUCAAAGAAAUUCCAUCCCGAGGAAUAAACACGGAAGAACUUACAAAGAUAAAGUCUGUGUUGGGAGGUACCUGGAGACCCAGAGAACAGUUUAAGAAUCAGCACAUCUGGGACGAGAUAAAGUCACCUGCAUGGAAAUUCCUGCCCAAGAAAGAGGUAUAGAAGCUAAUGAAUUUGGAAAAGCUGUCACUGUACAAUCAAUAGUUUCGGAGCAGUGUGAGCCUGUAGAACGGUGUGUUCGUGAACAUGCUACACGUGGGAAAAGCUUCCAACAAAACUCAGACUUAAUUAUACAAAGGGAGUGUGAUGGAAAGAGACCUUGUGAAUGUAGUGGAUGCGGGAAAGCCUUAAGAGACCACACCACUCUUAUUCAACAUGAAAGAACGCAUACUGGAGAGCGAGCCUACAGAUGUAACGAAUGCGGAAAGGGAUUUAACCAGAGUUCCCACCUGACAAACCAUCAGAAGACUCACACAGGGGAAAAGCCCUACAAAUGCAAUGAAUGUGGGAAGGCCUUCAGUUAUUGUUCAGUCCUUAUUCAACAUCAGAGAAUUCAUAGUGGGGAGAGACCUUAUGAGUGCACUGAAUGCGGUAAGACGUUUAGUCGUAGCACAUACCUUACUCAGCAUCAAAGAAUUCACACUGGUGAGAAACCCUAUAAAUGUCUUGAAUGUGGAAAGGCUUUUAGCCAGAGCACGCAUCUUACUCUACAUCAGAGAAUUCAUACUGGAGAGAAACCUUACGAAUGCAGUGAAUGUGGUAAAACCUUCAGUCAGAGUGCACAUCUUACUCAACAUCAAAGAAUUCAUACAGGAGAAAAGCCCUAUGAAUGUAAUGCCUGUGGAAAAGCCUUCAGUGAUCACUCCGCUCUUAUUCGACAUCAUAUCAUUCACACUGGGGAGAAACCUCAUGAAUGUAAUGACUGUGGGAAAGCUUUCAGCUACUGCUCCGACCUGAUUCAACACCAGAGAACACAUACUGGAGAGAAACCAUACAGGUGCAGUGAAUGUGGGAAUGCCUUUAGUGACUGUUCAGCCCUUAUCCAGCAUCAAAGGAUUCACACUGGGGAGAAGCCCUAUGAGUGUCGUGAAUGUGGGAAAGCCUUUGGUAACUACUCAGCUCUCACUCGCCAUCAAAGAACUCAUACUGGGGAGAAACCCUAUGAAUGUAAGGAAUGUGGAAAAACCUUUAGCAGAAGCACAUACCUUACUCAACAUCAGAGAAGUCACACAGGAGAUAAACCAUAUAAAUGUCAUGAGUGUGAGAAAACUUUUGCCCAGAGUUCAUUCCUUACACAACACAUGAGAGUUCACACUGGAGAAAAACCCUACAGAUGUAAUGAAUGUGGGAAAGCUUUCAGUGACCGCUCGGGGCAUAUUCAGCAUCAGAGAACUCACACUGGUGAGAAGCCCUAUGAAUGUAACGACUGUGGGAAAGCUUUCAGUUUCUGCUCAGCUCUUAUUCAACAUAAGAGAAUUCAUACUGGAGAGAAGCCCUAUAAAUGCAAUGACUGCGGAAAAGCCUUUAGUGAUGGGUCAGCACUUAUUCAACAUCAGAGAACUCACACUGGAGAGAAACCCUAUAAGUGUAACGUGUGUGGAAAAGCCUUCAGUCAGAGUACAAACCUCAGAAAUCACCAGAAAACUCAUUCUAGUGAAAAAUCCUAUACAUGUAGUGAAUGUGGAAAAGCCUUUAGUUACUGCUCAGGCCUCAUUCAACAUCAAAUCAUUCAUACUGGAGAGAAGCCUUAUGCGUGCAGUGAAUGUGGCAGAGCCUUCAGCCGGGGGACAGACCUUAAAAAACAUCAGAAGACUCAUACUGAAGAGAAACUCUACAAAUGUAAUGAAUGUGGAAAAGCCUUUAGCCAGAGCACGUAUCUUACAAAACACCAGAAAAUUCACAGUGCCGAGAAAGCAAAUAUACAUACUGCCUGUAGGAAAACCGUUAAGCAAAACUCCUCUGUUCAACACGAAAAAUCUUACACUGGAGAGAAAUCCUCUGAAUGCCUUGAGAGUCUGGCUGCUGUGGAGACCAGGGAAACAGAAGGAUCAUGAAAACUGUCAACUAGAGUGGCCACAUGGCUUAGUGGGAAGAGCGCAUUUAUGGGUUUUAGAGGUCCUGGGUUCUAAUCUCAGCUCUGUUACUAACUGAGUGCAUUACUUCCUUUAGGGUAAGUCACUUUACCUCUUUAAACCUUAAUUUACUCACCUGAAAAAUUUGAAGGUCUGACUAACUGAUCUUUAAGAUUCACAUUUAUUUUAUUUAUUACCAAUGUGGGCUUUUACAGAGGUGAUUCUUAAAUUGUGACCUAUUUAUUCUACAACAGUUCUGAUUUACAUUGUGAGGAUGUGGUCAUCAUUAUGGAUUCAGUAAAGAUAUGGCCUACACACUAUUUAUUACCAUGGGUCCUCCAAAAUUAAACAUACUAUGACUAUUCAAGGAAAUUAAGAGAUAAAGUAAUAUGAAUUCUGUUAAUUAUUGCAGUAGGAAGGUUGGGAUCUUUUCUUGAUUAAGAAUAU